AUGUCUGGAUCUAGUAGAGACAGAGAUACUGGUCGGAAAUGGGAAUCUGGUGCUUUCAAAAGAAAGAGAAAAGCUGAAAUGAUGCAAGUGAACCAAGCUAUGAGUACUAGUAUGAUGAAAUUUCUAAACAAAACCAGUACAUCAACAACUACAGACUUAGAUGAACCUUAUGCCAAAAUGGAUUUAAAUGAAGGAAAUGUAUCCAAUAAAAUUUCAAAAUACAAUGAAGAAUUGACAAAAGAAGUUGAAACUAAGUCUGAUCUUGAAACUUCUCCGCCAAUAAAUACUUUUGAAAAUAAAAACUCUAAUAUAAAUAACAUUUGCGAUUUAGAGAUGCACAAACAAGAAAUUGUUUUAAGUGAACCACUAAUGAGUUUAGACCCAGGGAAAUGGGUGUUUCCGUUAUCAGGUUCACAGCGUCACGAUUUAGUUCAACAUGGUCCUCAACAGAUGCUAGAUAUUUGCGAUGAAAAUUAUCCUUUAGACAAUAAUAAGAGACAUUUUUCUAACUUCCACUAUACAAGAAAAUUAAGUAAUGGCGAAACUCAACAUCGCAGAUGGCUAGUUUAUUCUCAAUCUCAAGAUAAAAUAUAUUGUUUUCCGUGUACAGUUUUUUCUAAUUUACAAACACAAAUGAUUCGUGAAGGAUGUUGUGACUGGAAACAUCUAAGUACAAUUUUGCAAAGACACGAAAAGAGCCAAGAGCACAUGGUGUGCAUGAUUAAAUGGGUAGAAUUUGACAAACGAAUUAAACUUGGGAAAACAAUAGAUCAAGAAAAUGAAAAACGGAUUCGUGAAUCACAAAAGCAUUGGUACAAUUUGUUUGAAAAAUUAAUUAAUGUAAUAAAUUUCUUAGCCUCACAUAAUCUAUCAUUUAGAGGUCAUCGAGAAUCUGUGAAGUUAGAUGAUAGCAAUAACUCUGGAAACUUUAUUGAUUUAUUAAAAUUAUUGUCCAAAUAUGAUCAUUCAUUACAGAACCAUUUUCAACUAAUUAAUGAAAAACAACUGGCACAACAUUAUUUGAGUCAUGAUAUCCAAAAUGAAUUAAUUAAGCUUAUGUCUAAAAAAGUAAUUGAAGAGAUUAUUAGUAAAGUAAAACUAGUGAAAUAUUAUGCUUUCAUGCUCGACUGCACUAGAGACAUAAGUCGCGUUGAACAGAUGUCCAUUAUUUUAAGAUUUUGUAAUACGUCAACCGGUGAUAUAGAAGAACAUUUUAUUGGAUUUAUUGCUGUUGAUUCCACAACAGGGGAACAUUUAACAAACAUUAUUCUACAUGAGCUAAAAAGUAAUGGUUUAGAUAUUCAAGACUGUCGUGGACAAGGUUUUGAUAAUGGCGCGAAUAUGGUAGGAAUAAACAAGGGUGUUAAAACACGAAUAUUAAAUAUUAAUCCAAAAGCAUUCUUUGCACCUUGUGGUUAUCACAGCUGGAAUUUGAUUUUAGUAGAUGCUGCUAAGUCUUCCAUUACAGCUAAAACAUUUUUUGGCUUUAUUCAAAAAAUUUAUUUGCUCUUUUCAAAAUCUAGUAAACGAUGGGAUCUUAUAAAAGAUAAAUUAAAACUAACAUUAAAGUCUUUAUCUGAAACAAGGUGGGAAAGUAGAAUAGCUGCAGUCAAAGCAAUAUUAUUUCAAUUUGACGAUGUCAUUGAUUGUAUAAAUAUACUUAAAAUGCAAAUAGUAGACGCAGAAACUCUAUGUGAUUGUGAAGCCAUUUUAAAAGAAAUGUUAACAUUUGAAUUUAUUGUUGCAAUACAUGUGUGGUAUGAAAUUUUACUUCGUGUAAAUAAUAUAAGUAAAAUCUGGCAAUCAGUUCAAGUUAAUUUAAAAAUGGCUGUUGAUUCUUUAAAUAAUUUUUGCAAUUGGAUUCAAGAAUAUCGUGAUAUAGGAUUCAAUAAAAGUAUUAUAGAAUCUCGCCAGUUCAUAGAAUAA